AUGCCGUCCGUCGCGCGCGCUUCGUCCUCCGACGGCGUCUCCGUGGCCGUGCGUAAGUACGACGCGAUCGGCUCCGCGGAUCGCGCGCGGGUCGUCCUCUUGGUGCACGCGAACGGGUUCCACGGAGGCGUGUUCGAGCCAGUGUGCGAGCGGUUGUGCGAGCUCGGAUGGACGUGUUACGCGAUGGACCUGAGAGGUCACGGUGCGUCGACGGCGCCGACGAAUGGGCGCAUGGAGUGGUCCGCGCUCGCGGAUGACGUACAGGCGGUGGUGACGUCGCUCGGUUUGCAUCGGUGUCACGCGCUCGGGCACUCGUGCGGCGGACAUGCGCUUUUAACCGUCGAGGCGCGAAGGCCGGGGACGUUCGCGUCGAUCUACGCGUUCGAGCCAAUUUUCGUGGUGAAACAGGAGGAGGUUCCGGAUUUGGAUGUCUCUCCGGGGUCACCUCUCAUGACGCACACGCAAUAUUUAGUGAAGAGCGCGACGCGAAGACGGUCGCGCUUCGCAUCCACCGCCGAGGCGCUCGAGGCGUACAAAAGCAAACCUCCGAUGAACACGUGGAACGCCGAGGCUUUGAACGCGUACGUGAAUAAAGGUGGGUUCGUUUCGGACGUCGACGGUGUGCGCCUGGCAUGCACCGCCGAGACGGAGAUCGCGGUGUACAACGCCGGCGACAAGGAGACGACGGCGUUCGGCGAGCUCCCAAAAGUCACCUGUCCCGUCGCUGUGGCCAAGGGUGCGUCCUUGGCGUCCGACGGGAAGACUCUCAUAUACUCCGCCGUCAUAGCCCCCGCGAUCGUCGCCGCCGUGCGCGACGGCACGCUCGUGGAAUUUCCGGAUAACAGCCAUCUCGGCCCGAUGGAGAGCCCGCGAGACGUCGCCGACAGCGCGCGCGACUUCUUCACCGCCGCUCUCGCGCGCGAACCGCGAAGUAAACUCUAG